CAUCCACACCCCCACGCCACGCCAUCACUGCACCGGCCGCCACCACCGGCCACACGCGGCCGCGUGUUGCUGCGGAUGUUGAAGCGGUCGGACUUGCCGACAGAGAACAUCAAGUUUGAGAUGGACAGGACGCUCAAGGAGAAGUGGGAGGACGAGUUCUUCGAGUGGGCGCGGACCGAGGGCAGCAAACCCAUCGUCGAGACCGACUACAGAUACGACAAGCUCAAGGCCGAGAUCAUGCAGGAAGCCGAGGGGGUGCUGCCUGCGGAGAGGGCGUGGGAACCCAUCGACCUCGACUCUAUCGAGGCCAAGGAGCUCAUCGAAAUCACAAACAAAAAGGGUGAGGAGGCGUGGGUGGGUGACCGGGGCAGCCUUGCAGACAACAGCACAUGCGUGUGUGUGUGUGUGCGUGUGUGUGUGUGGCAUAGGUGCGUUUGAGGGGAUGCCGGUGACCCACUGGCGCAACAGGGGCCACUUCACCAAGUUCAGGGACUUCUCGCGGGACCGUGUCGAGACCGUCACCAAGACUAGGAUGCCCUACGUCGAGCCGGAAUACCCCAGAAGAAAACUCGACGAAUGGGACUGCUUCAGAGGAAUCGUAAGCAUUCACCUACGCACACACACGGACGGACACAGCGCGCAGAAAGGGGUUCAGUUCAAUGCGCACGCUCUCCCUCUCUGUAUUUGUCGAUCGACACUAUCAGGACUGGACGCCCCCCAAGCAGUACGAGCGUCUGCACAAGUCGUUCUUCCCGCCCCCAGGCGACACCUACAAGACCGGCUACGACCUCAACAACACACGCACCUUCCUCCGCGUCCACUCGUGGGAGGAGGAGAAAACCAUCGAGAGGGACGAGAAGCUGCAGGAGAGAUACACGCAGCCCACGUACGUGUGGAGCCCGCUGUGGGAGCCCAUGACCGACCGGCGGAACAGGGCGUAUGGCAACUACUGGUGUGCGAGGGAGGAAUAUGGCGACUACAGAAUGAAAAUGAGUACGUCUGUGUGUUGGGAGGGAGGGAGGGAGGGAGGGAGGGAGAGCUUUGUUCAGUUCAUCGUGUGCUUGUGAUGGAUGUGUCAGAUGUUGACGAGCAGGUGCUUGUGGAGUCCAGCAAUGUCACCAUCGUCCCACAGACAGGCGAGUUGUGGUGUGCUGUGCUGUGGUGUCGUGUGUUGUGGGCGUGGAUACAAACACUCUUUGGUUUUGAUGCAAUGUCAGGUUGGCACUACCAGAAGCUGCACCUGGGCCCGUUUGUGGGCACCAUGGGCUGGAGCAUCGCUCCGCUACUCAAAUGGGCCGCCAUGAUGCGCGCGUAAGCAUUCGGCCACCAGCUCACUCACUACAUCGGGAGCACGACGGUAUGUAACCAUGUGUGCGUGUGUGUCUGUGUGCGUGUGUCACUUGCUGCUCAGCCCCGGUCACGCUGUGGUUGCUGUCCGGCCGCACAGCAUGAACGAGGACAAGACGCUCAACGCCACGCAGGAGGACGUACUCGAACUAUCACUCAACCUCAAAGGGGUAUGUAUCUGUGGAGGGAGGCAUACACACCCCCUCACGCAUGGAUGGAUCUACGCAUAAUCCCAUCCUCGAUGUGUCUCUACGUUUGGUCAGAUCUGUUUCACGACUCGCGAGCCGCGGAAGGAGGGCCGUGUGGUGGUGCGGCUUGCUGCACCGGCCGACAACGCGGCCAUGGUGACGGCCGGCAUGAUCGACUGGCCGCCCUUCGUCGAAUGCACCAACCCUGAACACUACGUCGCCAUGAUCAAGUAGCUCUCCCCUCCCCCCUCCGCCACACAUGAACAAUGUGUUCAUGACGCAUCGCAUCGAUCUCCAUGUGUCAGUCCUGGUGAGACUCUGGAGAUGGAUUUGAAGCUCGAGUGGGGCCGUGGGGUGUGGAUGGCCGACCACGAGGGCCUCUUCCGGGAGGAGCACGGCGUCGAGAACAUCUGCAUACGAAGGCGGGACAUCGCCGAGGUCACCAACGAGGGUUUCUUCCCCAUCGACGCGGUCUUCACCCCCUGCAGGCGGUUCAGAUUCACCGUGCACAAGCUCGACGGAGAGAUAUGGGACGCCACGUACGCAACGAGACACACACACACACACAGAGAGAGAGAGGGAGGGAAAGGUCUUUGUGUCACGGCGUCAGGUCCAAUCCGCCCAAUAUGGUGCCCCUGGGUUGGAAGGACGAGAUCUGCUGCGAGAUCUGGUCGGACGGCUCCUGCACGCCAAAGGACAUUCUCCUCUACGCAUCCAACGAAAUGCAGCAGUAAGUAAACAGAUAGCCAUCACCACACCACACCACACAGCACACCCUUGUAUCCAUCAUACGUACGGCUGGGCUGUGUUUGGUUCCUUCUUGUGUGCUUAGGUGGUUCCUGGAGAUGGCCCGGCAGCUGAUGGAGUCAGUCGACGUCGAGGCAGAAGAAAAGGCGCUGGAAGGUCACACACACGCGCAUCAACAGCCGCAUCACGUAUCCAUCCAUCUGUAUGUCUGUCUGUCUGUUUGUGUGUGGUGUGGGUGUGUGUGUCAUUUGUUUUGUCUGUCUGCAGAGAUCAAGCCCAAGAUGGAUGCAUGGGCGAUGCUGCUCGACAAACAGGCCUUCGCCGGCGGGCCGCCCAUGGUCGACUGGGACGCACCUGUCGAGGAACUGGCACAAAACUGGAACUACUCGAGGGUGCGGACAGCAUCCAUCCAUCCAUCGACCCACCUACACCUCCAUGAGCUGAGACACUGACCGCAGUUGCUUUCUCUCUUGUGUGUGUGUGUGUGCGUGUGUGUGUAUUACUCAUUAUUCAGUUGAUCACUGAGGAGGGUCAGCAGCCCCCGGGCGGCAAGCAGUUCUCAAUCCCAAAGACGAGGAAACCGGUGAGUGAGGAGUUGAUCAGUCACCACACCACAACACACCACAACACACAACCCUCCCUCCCUCCCUCCCCCACUCUGUCUGUAUUGUGACUGACCAUGGCUGUAUCUCAUGCCAUGCAUUCAGCGUGUGACAGAGGAGGAGGCAUCAGCGUGGUUCCAGGAGGCCAUGAAGGCCCGCCCAUACACACAGGAAGAGAUCAGCGACCUCGGGGCACCAUUCGACACCACACCUGCCACUCCCACCACACCAACACCCCCUGUGACGCCUACGGUGGGGCAGCAGCUUGGUGGUGGGCUGAGCGACGCCGAGGCGGCCCGGCUGGCCUACAGGAACAACCUGGUGACAGACCUGCCCAUCAACAAGCGACUCAAGGGACUUCUGAAUAAGGUGUGUAAGUCCACACACACACACGCGACGCCUUGAUCCCUUGGAUGCACAUCUGCUGUCUGCGCAUGCAGGUUGGCAUCAUGACAGUGGCCGACGUGCUGACGUAUUCGCGUGGUGAGAUGUUGGCUUUGCCGGGUAUCGGCAAGAAGACCGUCGAGACGCUCGAGGCCGCCCUUAGAGACACAUUCGGCGUAACACUCAAGCCCGAUGAUGACUGAGGGAUGCAUUGCCAUCAUUUGUGAGAGAGAGAGAGAGAUGCUUACGAAUCCAUCCGGCGGCUAGCUGGCUGGCUGUACGGUGUGAAUAUACAUACGGAUGUCUGGAGGGAUGCGCUCUGGGAGGUUUAAAACUCG